AUGGUUAAUAAACUCAAGUGCGAUCCUUUGAAAAACAACCUUUUGUUCUUUAAGGUUCCCGAUUCUGAGGAGGAGACCCCAAAUGACUGCAAAUCGUCUAUCUUUCAUAUUCUACAAGAUAAAAUGAAAAUCGACAAUGCUAGAGAAAACAUUGCGUUAGCCAGCGUUGAGCGAAUGGGGCGUUUCAAGUCAGAAAAUACAAGGCCCGUCGUAGUGAAAUUUGAAAAGUUUGAUGACCGUGAAAAAGUGCGUAAGUCAUGUUCAAAUCUAAAAAACACGGCAAUUGGUGUUGCACCACAUUUCCCGAAAGACAUUGCGGACAAACGUAAGGCCUUACGCGGGGCUUUUAAAAAGGCCAAGGAUGAAAAGAAGAAGGCAUAUUUUAGGUACGAUAAGCUGUUUAUUAACGAUGUAGAGUUUGUACCAGGGCCUCAAGCCUAG